UGCACCAGCACAGCCGGGACAGGUGACAGAACCCAGGACAACACCCGGGACAACACCCGGGACAGCUCGGGGGGACAAUCAGACAAGCCCGGACCCGGGACACCUGCUGGUCCCCUAGAUCACCCCCCAGGACUCCCUCCUACCCCGGACACUCCCACCCCCCCGACACCCCGCAGAUCGCACCUUCCCCGACACCAGGACCGGAGGAGAUCACCAUGGAGGUUCUGCUUCUCAUCGCAGCCCUGCUGCCUGGCUGUCUCUGUGCAGUAAUGGUAUCCGUCCCCCCAAAAGUUGAAAUUGAAAUUGGACAGGAGGCAGUCUUGAAGUGUACACCGAAGUUCAGUGGCUCGCCGAAGUACAGUGUAGAUUGGUCUUUUAUAAAUCAGGAAGGGACUCGAGUCCGUAUCGCUACCUAUAAUGAUGGACGCACAUCGGUGGAACUGGGAACAGACUUUACUGACAGAGUCGCAGUUAAAAGUGACAACAGCCUGGUGAUCAAAGAUAGCCGUGUCAAAGAUGAGAGCACAUUCUUCUGCAAGGUGACUUCUGUCGGUGAGGGGAAUGGUGAGGGCAGCACUGAGCUGAAAGUCUAUGUGUCCCCGGCAUCACCAGAGCUUAUAGUAAAUUUACAAGUAUUAUCAAUCACAGAGGUUGAGGAGUCAGAGGUUGCAACCUGCAUCAGCCGGAACUCCUAUCCAGCUCCAACCAUUGAGUGGUACAGAAAACAGGUUCCUUUGAAUCUAGGAACUGAAAAGGGAUCAGGUUUAUAUGCUACUGCCCGCACGACGACGGAGUCUUCUGGCUUGUACACCGUGUCCAGUAUGCUCUUUCUGAAACCCCAAAAAGAAGACACUGAUUCUAUGUUCUCCUGCAAAGUGGUGUUUCCAUUACCAGGUGGUGGAACCAGUCAGAUGGAAUCCAAAGAGUUCAAACUGAAUUUACACUAUUACACUGAAGAUGUAACUUUUACGGUGUCACCAACGGGUCCCAUUAAGGAAGGCGACACAGUAACCCUACGCUGCGAAGGUGAUGGGAAUCCUCCUCCUACCUACCUUAUGCAGGAAGUGAAGGAUAACGUAGAAGAGGAAUUACAGUCUAGUUCCGAUGGAGUUUACGUGAUUCAGAAUGUAUCUCGGAGUGACUCUGGGACUUAUCGCUGCGAAGCUCUGGAUUUUGAUAGCCCGUCUGAUGUUGAGCUGUUCAGAAACUUAGAACUGUUUGUGCACUAUCUAAAUCCUGUCACUGUCAUCCCAUCAGAAAAUGAAGUUAAACGUUUAAUUACGCAAGAUGUCCAAUUGUUCUGCUCUUGUGAUGGUUCAGAAACUCCUGAUCUCCUUUGGAAAAAGGGUGAUGCUGUUCUCUCUAAAGCUAGCAGAUAUAGAUUGAAAGAAUUGUCGUAUUCUGACUCUGGGGUUUAUACGUGUGAAGCUAAUGUUCCCUCAGUGCCGGGACUACGCAAAGAGCAGAGUAUCACUAUCGUAGUGGAAGGCCCACCAGAACUAGACAUGGAAAACCAUCAUGUUGAAGUAGAAUCAGAAGGACACCCUGUGAUGUUAUCCUGCAAGGCAAAAGGAAACCCAGCACCUACAAUAACCUGGAACCAACCGGAUCUGAAGGUGUCUGAGUCCUCCACUGACCUGGAAGUACGAAGUAAUGUCUCCUUCAAGUUCAAUUCCAAGACAAUGAACAGCAUUUCCUGCAUUGCAAAAAACCCACAUGGAAUGAUAAAAAAGAACUUCACACUGAGCAUGUAUGUGCCUCCAAGUAUGUCACCAGCUCAAGAACAGACCGGUGGCAGCAGCACGGCCAUAAUCGCAGUUGUCGUGUGCGUCCUCCUCCUGCUUCUAGUCGUUGCCCUCUUCUAUUUCCUACAGAAGAAAGGAAAGUUGGCCUGUGGACGGUCAGAGAAACAGCCACUAGCCCAGGAUCCCGCGUCAGCUGAGCUCGCCGUAGAGUUAAAGUCAGAAAAACGGAAUGACCAGCGCGGACUGCUGGGUGGAGGAGGCGGGACAGCUGCAGAGUGUUAACGUGCAAUGUCGUUGGGCUCUCCUGUUUUAUGGAUGGCACCAUGUUGGCGUGUCCAGUCUGUCAGCUGACAUCUUCAGCCUGUGGAUUUUCACAACUCCUUGCUCUUGAAUCCGAGUUGCAAAAGACAAAAGAAUGCAAAGACUCAAUAAAUAUUUACAAAAGAUCCCUUUGGAAACCCAAUAUGAUUGUCGGAUCAGUGCUCUUCUGUGGGUCCUCAGAUUUCUGACACUACAGGGUUCGCUUACUAUGGUCUGUUGGCCACACCCACCCAGCCUGGUGUUGCCUUAAAUGGAGGUCGCUGUUGCCACAAUACCCACCAUGGACCUCCGCCAGUUAACCUUAUUUGUUGCCAGAUUUGUGUUUUUUAUAUGAUUAUGUUUUUUUGUUUUUGUUUUUCCUUUCUUUGAUUUCUGCAUUUUAUUUUUUACCAGAAUCUUUUUUUAUUGCUCCAAAUGUGUCCAUAUGAUUUCCACUGUCCUGCUGUUUGAAUCUUCUCUCCCAGCAUGCCUUGGGGUGGUGGUUCGCAGUGGGAUAUAAACUGUUACACUGGUCUUGGCCUGCUUCUGUCCGGCCUGUAUGUAUAUAAUGUAUUUCUGUAUGGUCAUUACACUGGUCAGACCCUCCU